UCCGCACUCCUGGUAACACUGGCCGCAUAAAUGUCAGAUAAUCAAAAGGCAAUUCAACACACACUAUUUUCUUCCUUGCGCCUCUAAAAACGGUUUUAACAUAGUUAAACUGCGUUUUCAGUUAAAGAUGGAUCCUAAUUCUGUAGCUGUUCCCCACUACUGCGUAGUAAAAACUUACGAAGCAGGGCGUCCCGUGUUAACAACGGUGCCGAGUGGGUGGAUCAGCGGCAAGUAUUUGCACUGGCCCCCAAAAAAAGUGGAAUCGUUGAGGAGAGACGUCAGGUCUCAGCCAGGAGCUACAUGGUCUAAAAUGGCCUGCAAAAUAAAAAGAAGGUACAUCCCGACUUUCAAUGCGGCAGAGCAGGAGUUGGCAGAAAUGUCCGGCGUUACAACAGAUUCCGAUGUCGGAGGACCACCUGCCGUCAAGAAAAUGCGGAAAAAAGCGUCGGAAUAUGGAACUUCGUCCGGAAUGGAUUUUAACUCUCAUUUCAAAUCGAAAGAUGCUGCGGCCGAUUCUGCAACAAGUCAAGGACCGUCAGUUAAAAAUCCGAUUGUGCCGGAGGUGAUCCUUAUCGAGCCUCGAUCAUUAAACACUACAGUGCCACAAACCUUUACGAUCCCAUGGCCUGAAAAUCCAUUGGAUCUUGCCUCACAAGCUGUGGAACCGACCAACAAUGCAUCAAACAUUGUAACAAGUGUGGUCAAUUUGGAACAGGCAUCUAUUGAUCUCUCUAUAUUGAAAGAGGAAAUCUUUGAAAAAAUUGAGACUACGAAGCAUGAAAUUGUGAAUAGUGUGACACUAUUCAUCGAGGAAAUGAUGGCAAAAACGAUGGCAGCAAUGAGGAGUGACUUCGAGGCCAAAUUGGAACGAUUCCAGGAUUGUAAUCCUUCUAUGAAUGAAGUCAAGCUUGGUGCACAGCUCACGUUCCAUCCCGUGUCGUCAAUUGAAGAGCUUCAACAGCUUGAAACCGAUCUUGAAGAUGAGGAGUACGCUCGAAAGCUGAUGCGACACAUGAAACAAAUCAUCGGUACCACCGGCGACCAAUACAACGGCCAAAACGUGUGCUAUGAAUUGGUGGAUAAAUUUUUUGAUAGACAAUUCAUGACGCAAUGCUCAUGGACCGGCCAGAGCAGAACGGAUGUGCAGAAGCAUGCCAUUCAGAAUUUCAAAAAAACGCUCGAUGUAUUCUUUUCCAUCAUCAAGAGCGUUAAUGAGCAUUUCUCUCAAAAAGCCCUAAAUGAUUUCUUCAAAUCCAUUACGAGGAAUUCGAAAAAGAGGAGCGAAGCCAAGUUCUUAAGGCAGUCUGCUGUUAAGCGACGAGGGCGAAAAAAUACCAAUGUUUUGAACGCCAGUCAGAACCAACCAGAUUUCAUCGAUGCGAACCAGUUGGUUCUGAUCAAUAAUGCUGAUGCAAAUCAACCAAACCAAACCAUCGAGAGCAAUAGUACGACUAACCCAACCGUCAUUACAAUCGUUGGGCAGAAUGGGUCUGCUGACGUUCCAAAUGAAUUUGAUGAAUUUAAUCUACGCAUGAUGCAUGGUUUGAUGAGCAGCAAUGGUUCCGGUUCAAUCUCAGAAUCAGACAGUAGCUUCGAAAAUUGACAAUCAUUAUUGCCAAGCAGAGUUUUAUUUUAGUUUUGUUGCAUAUGUUUUGUUAGUACUGCUAGUGCAGAGUUUUCGGUUUUAUGAUUAGGACGAUAUUUUAACCAAUGAAUUGUAAAUCGUCGCUACUGUUACUGUUUGAUCAUAUUUUAUCAUAAUGACACUAUGGUGCAAUCUGUGAGCAUGCAGAUUGAUAAUUUACUUCGGUUGAAGUAUAAUUUGAGUUGCUCUGAUUAUAUGUUUAAGAUAUCAAUGAUCUUGGAAAAUAAAAAAAAUCUUUUUUUUUAA